AUGGAGAUUGAUAAUGAAGGGAAAGAUGUGGAUCAAACAAAAUAUAGAGGGAUUAUUGGAUCUCUCUUAUACCUUACAGCGAGUAGACCUGACAUUUCUUUCGCGGUUGGGGUAUGUGCACGAUUUCAAGCUAAACCGAAAGAAAGCCACUUAAGCGCGGAAAGAAAGAUCCUAAGAUAUCUUAAGGGAAUCCAAAGUGUCAGUCUUUGGUACCCGAGAGAAGGGUCUUUCAACCUAAUUGAUUACUCCGAUGCAGACUUUGCUGGGUGCAGAAUCGACCGAAAGAGUACCUCUGAAACCUGUCAGUUCCUAGUGGGAAGACUCGUAUCAUGGUUUAGCAAGAAACAAAACUCAAUUGCUACCAGCACUGCUGAAGCUGAAUACAUAGCAGUUGGAAAUAUGAGUCAAGGAAAAGGAAAAGAGAAGAUAGACGAGGCAUCCGAAAGAUAUGCUGCUCGUAGGGAGCAAUACUUGAGAGAAGCAUGA